UCUUUUCCUCGCUUUCUUUUUUUCCUUUCUCCUUCCUUUCCACCUCCUGCAUUUUUUUCCUCUUCCCUGUCAAAACCCUAGAUUUCAAAUCUAGGGUUUUGUUUUUCUCCUUGUGUUUGAGGUAUGAUUCAAGACCUGCCAGCCUGUGGUUCUUACUUUUCUCUACCUCUUUGAAGCUUCUGAUCUUUCCACAUUUAUUCUCACCACUUUCUUUGAGUUCUUCUUCUGGGUUUUUUGGCGUGUGAAGCUUCAGUUCCUUGGUUGAUUCUCUCGGUAAAGAUCAAAAAUUUUGUUGGGGUUUCUCAGAUUUUUGGUUUUUUUUUUUUUUUUCGCAACUGAAACCAAAACCCUUGUAAAACCCUUUUGCCUGUGAAUUCAGCAGGCUCUUGUGCUUCGGUUUCUAGGGUUAAAGAGAUUUUGUUACGCCUAAUUUAUAGGAUCAGAUUUCCAAAGUUCAUAGAUUUUUUUUUUCCUUUCUCUCUUGGUGGUAGUAGUUAAAAAUUUAAAUUUUGGAUAGAGUUAAGUAAAAAUUCAAACUUGGAAGCGUGUUCUUUUUAAAGACUGAAACUUUAGUCAAUUGGGUAGUUAAAAGUUUAGAGCUUUCUUUCUUUCCUUUUUUCUUUUUUGUUCUUUUUUCUGUGACCAAUCUCUCACUAAAUGCAUGGAUGGGAGAGAAGCCAUGGCAUUGUCUGGUGGGUCAGCUUCAUACUACAUUCAUAGAGGAGGACUUGGUGGGUCUGGGUCUGGAUCACAACCCCCCACAGGUCUUCACACGCCAUCUGGGUUCAGACCCUUGUCAAACACUGGCAUCCCAACCCAACCCAAUAUCAGGGGAACCUCUGUGGGGCCCUCAUUCUCGGUGGAGCCUCCUCCGCCGCCUUCCCGCCCUGCCAUGGGUUUUCCUCACGGCGGCGUGAGAAUGGCCGUGUCCCCCCCUGGUGUUCCCUCGAGUGAGCAGCCUGUCAAGAAGAAGAGAGGGCGGCCGAGAAAGUACCGCCCUGAUGGGCCUGUCUCUUUGAGACUCUCUUCAAUGUCUGCCUCUCAAAGCCUCACGCCGGGCUCCACCACGCCCACCCCAAAGCGGGCCAGAGGCCGGCCGCCGGGGACUGGCAGGAAACAGCAAUUAGCUAAUCUUGGUGAAUGGAUGAACAGCUCGGCGGGAAUUGCUUUUGCACCACAUGUUAUCACCGUCGGGGUUGGAGAGGACAUUGUUGCUAAACUAUUAUCAUUUGCACAACAAAGGCCAAGAGCACUGUGCAUAUUGUCAGGCAGUGGUUUGGUGUCUUCAGUAACAUUGCGUCAGCCCGCAUCUACUGGUGUCAGUUGCACAUAUGAGGGUCGUUUCCAGAUCUUGUGCUUGUCAGGUUCUUACUUAGUUGCUGAGGAUGGUGGUCCCCGCAAUCGAACCGGGGGUGUGAGUGUUUCCCUUUCUAGUCCUGACGGUCAUGUUGUUGGUGGUGGUGUGGCAAUGCUUAUUGCAGCCAGUCCAGUCCAGGUAGUAGUAUGCAGUUUUGUACAUGGUAAUGCAGCCAAGAUCAAGAACAAGCAAGUAGCUGGUCCCAAGAGUGAUGAGAGUUCUGAGCCUCGGCAUAGUGAUAAAUUAGCUACAUCAACUAGCGCUCCGCCCACUCAAAGUUACACUCCCUCUACUAUCGGCGUGUGGCCCGGUUCGCGGCAGGUUGAUCUGAGAACUCCCCACACCGGUAUCGACUUGACUCGUGGAUGAGGAGAAAUUGCAUAUGCAACAGACACAUGACAAUUUUUGUAUAUAUGUGUUGUUGUAAAUGAACUGAAUGAAUCUGUGAGAAUUUGUAACCUUGUACAACUCUUCUUCACCCUGCGGUGGGUAACGGGUUUGUGCUAACAUAUUGUCUAUGUAACAAAGGCAUCGUCAUUUCGAGGUUUGAGUAACAUUGUUAACUCGUUGAAGGAGUUUCUGGUUUAUUUGGGAGGUCAAGAUAGUCAUCUGUAGCUUAAGAUACAUUCAUUUCUGAGAGUCGAAGCUUCCUUUUUUUUCGAAUUAAA